AUGGAUCAUUAUACGAAUUGCAAUCUAAAACCUACUCAAGUCACCGAUUCGUUUUGGCUAUCUGAAUAUAACGAAGUGAUUGCCAGUAACAGUACAUUCCCCGACGGUAAAUGGAUGCAAUUUUAUGACUUAUCGGAACUCGAUACAAUGUGGGAGAGAGCCAAAUAUAAAUAUCGUGCUGGGCAUCUGAUCGGCAUCCAUUCUAUUAAAGUAUCCACAGCACGUCCUCAGCCUCGUGCCAGCAAUUCUUCACAAGGUGUGAUUAUAUUCUACUGUGGACCAGCCAAUAAUGAGAGUAUUAUAAUGCAUAUCGGUGAAAAGUUAUUGCAAGAAAUGCCUUAUAAAUCAUGGUCGGGACACAUGUCUUACAAAUCCGACGAGCAGACUUCUGCUGGAACGCGUGCUACAGGACAAAUAAGAAAUCAUUUAUAUCGCAUUCCGUGCGGAAAGACCUAG